ACCGAGAGCCCCCCCCGCUGCCCGCCAUGGCCCGCGGCAAGGCGAAGGACGACGACGGCAACUGGAAGAAGUUCAUCUGGAACUCGGAGAAGAAGGAGCUGCUGGGCCGCACCGGGGGCAGCUGGUUUAAAAUCCUCCUCUUCUAUGUGAUCUUCUAUGGUUGCCUGGCAGGUAUCUUCAUUGGGACCAUCCAAGUGAUGUUGCUCACUGUCAGUGACUUUGAACCCAAAUACCAGGAUCGAGUGGCACCUCCAGGACUGACUCAAGUUCCCCAGGUACAAAAGACUGAAAUUUCCUUUGUCGUUGGCGAUUCCAAGAGCUAUGACCCAUAUGUGAGGAACCUUGAGAGGUUUUUAGAAGACUACAGCGCUGAGCAGCAGACUGACAACAUAGUCUUUCAGGACAAGAAGGUCUGCAAAUUCAGGCGUGAAUGGCUGGAAAACUGCUCUGGGAUAAAUGACCCAACCUUUGGGUACAAGGAUGGCAAACCCUGCAUACUUGUCAAGCUUAACAGAAUUAUUGGCUUCAAACCUAAGGCUCCAGCAAACGAGAGCCUCCCCCCAGAGGUCGCGGCGAAAUUCAACCCCUACCUCAUCCCUGUGCACUGCAGCCCCAAGAGAGAAGARGACAUGGACAACGUGGGCGCUGUGGAGUACUACGGCAUGGGCGGCUACGCCGGCUUCGCCCUGCAGUACUACCCCUACUACGGGAAGCUGCUGCAGCCGCGCUACCUGCAGCCGCUCGUGGCCGUGCAGUUCACCAACCUGACC